AUGCUUUAUGACUCUAUACGAUGGGUGCUAUCUACUCUUGUUGCGCCGGGGGUAUACGUUAUAGCUUGCUUGUAUAAUGAACGGGGUCAUUUUGCCCCAAUAUCUCAAUUCAGAAAACUAUUUGGUGGCACGACUGGGCAUUCAAUCACACAAUCGACGGGGGGAUCGCCCAUUUCCGAGAAAAGUAAUAUAAGUCAUUUGGCCAACGGGAAGUUUUCGGCGGUACACGCAUCCUCAUCGAGAGAUUCUCCCUCGCCGAAUUCCUCGUCCCUCAUCUCAUCUGAGUCUGAAUCAGACAACGACCGGCUCCUUAGCGAGACAGACAAAUCUGCAACGAAAACGUCGAAUCGCCAAACACGUUCAAAAUCCUUGCAAAGUUCUGACGAGAUCUCACCCGCGAGGAGAUCCAUUCGCAUCGAGAUUCACAGCGAUGAAAAUUUGAGGCAGCGGAAGCACCGGAAGGCAUCGUCAACAACUACUCAGAGUGAUGGAUCCGGCGGCUCCAUGUCCGCUACCGACAUGGCUGCUGCGAUGAUGAAGUCACCUACGUCCCCCGCAACUUCCUCUCUCCUCAUGACAAAAUAUCCACGAGCUCCAGCACCACCGCGACCCCUCAUACCUCGACGACAACCAUCCUAUACUCUUGAUGCUCCCGUGGGCAAACUCACCCAGAAAACUCUUAUUCUCGACCUGGACGAAACUUUGAUACACAGUAUGAAUUAUGGAGGUCGAAUGAGUGCUGGCCAUAUGGUGGAAGUACAAAUCACAAAUCUCAUGGGUGCAGGGGGCGCUGGUCCUCAACAUCCAAUAUUGUAUUAUGUGAAUAAGAGGCCAUACUGCGAUGAAUUUUUGCGACGUGUCUGCAAGUGGUAUAACUUGGUUGUUUUCACGGCAUCACUUCAAGAUUACGCAGACCCGGUUAUAGAUUUGCUAGAACAAGAGCGUAAAUUCUUUUCUGCACGAUAUUAUCGACAGCACUGUACCUAUCGAAACGGCGCCUUUAUUAAAGAUCUCAGCUCUGUUGAGCCUGAUCUUAGUAAAGUUAUGAUUUUAGACAAUAGCCCUGUGAGCUAUCUGUUCCAUCAAGAUAAUGCAAUACCCAUAGAAGGGUGGAUCAAUGAUCCCACGGAUAAUGAUCUGCUACAUCUAGUACCCCUUUUGGAAGGACUCCAGUAUGUGACGGAUGUACGAGCUUUUCUUGCAUUACGCGGUGGGGAGGAUGGGAAGCAUAUGACUUCUUAG